UUCCAACAGGGGCUAGCAAUCACUAGCUCUCGGGCGAUAGUGGUGCUGUGUGCCACUGAUAAGAUUUGGGUUGUGGGAUAUGUCAUAACCCCGCGCUACCGCGACAAUUGCCCCUCCAGAUUUUUAUUUCAAGUCAAACACAAUAGAAGUAGUCGAUCAACAUAUUUAUAUAUUUAUAUUUUGACGACGAGUAAAGAACCAAAACAAUUUUUUAUCGACAAGAGCUGAAAAUAACAAUACGAUUCAAAAUGCCUACAGUCGACGAACCAGGACACUCGACCAUUGUUUCCCCGCCCGACUUCUUCGAGUCCAUCGGCCACAAAGCUGGACAUCUCGCCUCCACUACUGAUGGAACAACUGGAACAAAUGGAGUCGCGGAUACGAAUGGCGACGAGGAGAAGGUUGUCGAGGAAAUCGAGUCGCUGUGCAUGAACUGCCAUGAAAAUGGCAUAACACGCAUGCUUCUUACUUCGAUCCCCUAUUUCCGCGAAGUCAUACUCAUGUCUUUCUCUUGCGACAAAUGUGGCUUUUCAAAUUCCGAGAUACAGUCGGCCGGUACCAUCCAGCCCAAGGGGUCGAGCUACUUACUGCGACUAACCGAAAUGGCCGACUUCGAAAGAACGGUGAUCAAGUCUGACACUUCUACCGUCAAGUUCAUUGAACUCGACCUAGAAGUUCCCGCGGGCCGCGGACAGCUCACGAAUGUAGAGGGUCUCCUAAGAACGGUCGUGGAUGACCUCGAGCUUGGACAAGAGGCGCGAAAGGAGCAAGCACCAGAAGUGUAUGCUAAGAUCGACGAGAUCAUCAAGAAGGGCCGAGCAAUGUUAGCGGGCGAGUCCUUCCCAUUCCGACUUUCCGUGGACGACCCGGCCGGAAAUUCCUGGAUUACUCCUAAUAUGCGUGACGGUGUUGGUAAAUGGGAAAAACACGAAUAUGUGCGCACCCCGGAACAGAAUGAAGCACUGGGACUCGCCCCCGCGAAUCCGACCACUGGCGCUGGUCAAUCUACCGAGGAUGAGGAUAUAAUUCCAGACCAGGUGUACGAAUUCCCGGCCACUUGUCCUGGAUGCAUGCACCCUUGCACAACUAAUAUGAAGAUGGUGGAUAUCCCGCACUUUAAGUCUGUUGUCUUGAUGUCAACUGUCUGCGCUGACUGUGGAUAUCGGUCCAACGAUGUGAAGACUGGAGGAGAGAUACCAAAACUAGGCCAGAAGAUCACAUUAAAAGUCGAGACCGAAGAAGACCUCGCUCGAGACAUCCUCAAGAGCGAGAGCUGUGCGCUUGAAUCCCCCGAACUCAACCUCCAAGUGAACCCCGGAACGCUGGGUGGCCGAUUCACAACCGUCGAAGGUCUCCUGACGCAAGUACGCAACGACCUACACAGCCAGAUCUUCGAGACUGGUACCUCGGAAGGGGGCGACUCUCUGAGCGAGAACGAUAAGUCGGAAUGGACGCGAUUCUUCGAGGGCAUCGACGCCGCCAUCAAGGGCGACAAGAAAUUCACUAUCAUCCUCACCGACCCGCUAGCUAGCAGUUACGUUCAGAAAGCCGUCGACCCAGAUCAGGUCGACCCCCAGAUCACGACAGAGGAAUACGAGCGUACGGAGGAGGAAGAGGAGGAUCUUGGACUUCGCGAUAUGAAGACCGAGGGGUACGAAGCGGAGGCUGUUAAUACUAAUGAAGAUGCGCAGACUAAUAGCGCUUGAUGGAAGGUUAUGUAAAUAGGUUGAAUAUUUGCCAUUUUAGUAUGAAGAUACCUGCUUAUAGCUCGGGGAAUGGGUUUAGGAGCCGCGUUUAUUAUCAGGAGUAGAAAAGUGUUUUAUUAUUACUACAUCUUAAGACUCGCUAUCAUCCUAAUCCUAAUCAAGGGUGUGAGCCUGAUAUGCAUUGUGCUGAGUAAAUGGAUGCAGGCUAUACUUCCGCGCUU